CUCUUUCCAUGGACGGGAAGGCGCACCCCUGCGAAUCGACAUAUUUCCACGCCCGUCUCGACGUCGGUCAAGAGAACCGUUUCUUCCACACAGGUCAAUAUUUUGGUUCCAUCUUCAAAGGCGGCGACGGGCCCGGAAGUGUACAAAGGUGCGAUGGAGCGGGCAUUCUUGAAGCUGAUUAUUUGUCAAUCCUUGUAAACGAGACGAGCAAGGGAUGUAACAGACGCGGUCUUCAGCUUCGGGCGAUUCGAAUCGAUCGUGUUGGUCCCGAUCUAGUAGUGUAUCCAUGACGCCAAGUAGCACCGCCACGCCAUUGAUGUGCUUUAAAGCGCUUAGACCGAUUAUCGUAAGUGGGCUCGGUUAAUAGGAUACAGAAAAGGAGCAGCAUCUAGUCAAAGAGACAUCGGAUCCGAU